CCGCCGCUCUACUCGUCUUGAUUUCCUUCGACCGUCACUCAUAGCCGCUCAUAAUGGAGAAGAUCAAGGAGAAACUCAACUCCCUGCGCGCCGAGGCGGACGCAGCAGUUGCUCGUGCUGAGGAGGCGGAAGCCAAGAACAAGAAAUAUGAGCAAAUGAUUCUCGAGAGGGACCAAGAGAUCACGUCUCUUCAGCACAAGCUCAGUGUCAUGGAUGCUGAUCUCGAGAAAGCGGAGGCCAAGCUCGCCGAGGCUAAAUCUGCGCAGGAGGAGGGCGAACAUUCAAAGACAACGAAUGAGGGUCUGCAGAGGAAGAUCCAGCUCCUAGAAGAAGAGCUUGAUGCGGCUGAGAAGAACGUCAAGGAGACGGUAGAGAAGCUGCGGCAGGUGGAUGUCAAGGCGGAGCACUUUGAACGUCAAGUGCAACGUCUUGAGCAGGAACGUGAUCAAUGGGAGAAGAAAUACGAGGAAGCCCAAGAGAAGUACAAGGCAUCGAAGGCAGAGUUGGACGAGCUUGUGCAGAAUAUGGAAGGGCUCUGAUCUGCCAAGGUUCCCCUGUCAUCCGCCUCCAUACCCGCUUGCAUCGCUCUCCCGUUAUAACCGUGACGUUGCCUACACGAUUCUGUACGAUCUAUAUCGCUAUGGCUUGCUUCGUAAUAUCUCUUUCGGAAUGUCAUCUCCAUCAAUAUCAAGCAGUGUAGCCGUGAACAGCAGUGCUCG